UUCUAGAAAGCCAUAGGCCUUCAGGGUCUGGGUUUUGCCCUGCCCUUCAAGACCCUCUCUCCUACAAGCAUGAGCCUGGCCCACACCACUGUGCUCUUGUGGGCCUGGGGCAGUCUCCAAGCCUUUGAAAUUGUGGAGAAGGAGAACAUUUUUCAGCAGACUCCCUGCCCUGCUUUCCUGCUGUUUGAUAAUGCUGCCUAUCUGGCUGACAUGAGCUUUGAGCUUCCCUGCCACUGCAAGCCUGAGGAUGUUUCAGCUGUGGUGUGGUAUUACCAAAAGCACCUGGGGAGCAGCCACACUAAAGUGCUGACAGACUUCGAUGGGCGCUUGCUAACGGAGGCAGCCCAAGUUCGAGUGGGCAGUGACAUUCUGGUCCGCUUCAGCAUCCGCAUGUUCAGCCUGUUGGUUUAUCAUGCCCAGCCAGAGGACUCAGGCCUAUAUUUUUGUGGCACCCGCAAGGGAGACUAUUUUUAUGCCUAUGAUGUGGAUAUCCAGAGCAAUGAGGGAAUGGUGGCCGCCUUCAGGGACAAGGGCCAGGAGCCGUUGGCAGAUGAGUACUAUGGGAGACUCCAUGUCUUCACCACCUUCUGGGAGUGGACCCCCUGUGACCGCUGCGGUGUGCAUGGGGAACAGUGGCGCAUUGGACUCUGCUACCUACAGAGCCCUGGUCUCUCCCCCCGAUACCGUAAGACACUGCCGGAUGUGGUGUCCUGUGGCUCUCAGGCUGUGCCAAGGAAGCUGCGUACCAAGACCAAGUACCACACCCCUGAGCUGCUGGUUCAGAGCUGCCUAGUGCCCUGUGAGAACAGGAAUCGGAUCCAGAAGGGUGUGCUGGCAAUCUACAACUAUGUGUCCAAGGUGGGAAGCCGGCCUUGGGUGCCUAAGGUGCCCAUUCAGUUCCACCAGCAGAGACUAGGCCACGGACUCAUCAUCUCCUGUCCUGGGGCCCGGCCAGAGCAUGCUGUGGCCUGGGACAAAGACCAACAGCACCUCUACCGCACACAGUACCUAAAAGGUGUCAACAGUUCCAUGAGGGUGUUCAUCGACCAUGGCAACCACCUCCACAUCCGCUUCACCCAGUUGAGUGACCGGGGCAUCUAUUAUUGUUGGCGGCAAGGGGUACAAAUCGCUGGUUUCCGAUUGAGUGUGACUUCUCGAGGGCACUACCCAGCCUCGUUCUCAGAACCUGAGACUCAAACUGCCAUGGAACUCACCCUGAUAGGCUAUCUGCUCAUCACAGUAGUCUUUGUUACCGUUCACCUCUGUCGUUGCUACUGUUACUCAUUUUGCAGUUGUCCCAAAUGCUCUCUGUAGGCCAUUUAUUUUCCAGCUGAAGACCAGUUGUGUUUCAAUGUGUUUGUAAAGUAAUUCCAGAUGCCUCGGGGUGGGCACCUUGGCCUGGGACAUGUGGCAAGGAGAUGGGCAACCUGCCCCCCAAUUUCAUGGGUGGAUCUUGGGUCUGGAAAGAGGAGAAGCCUGAGGCAGGUGGGAGAUUGGGGACUAAAGUCAUGAGAGACAU